GGGAGCACAGCGCACAGUCCUCCUCAGUUUCAGCUCACUAUUCUAGAGUGCACUGGGAAAUCACCACAAUAAGAAAGAAGCCAAGAGAAUAAAUAUGGGAAACUAAAUUUUACUGGCAUGCGGCGGAUUUUAGAAACGGGGAAACUGGAGUUCUUCUGAAAACUGCAAGUGGAUUUUUGUUUUCUUCAUCACAAUGUGUGCAGGAUGGAUGUGGGUCAGAUUCCAGCUGAUUUUUCCUGAGGAUACAAGGACUGGCAAGCUAUCAGCAUGAAUCACUGAGGAAUAAAAAGAAAACCUUUGAUGUCAAUGUUGACUUUUAAAAACUGAUCAUGGUGAAAAGGAAGGGAUUGUUAUUUCCACUGGUGUGCUUAAUGGGAGAGUUUUGGCUCACGUCACAGCAGGUCCUGAGAAUUGGCGGCAUAUUUGAAACGCUUGAAAACGAACCCAUAAGUGUGGAAGAACUGGCCUUUAAAUUUGCCGUAACCAACAUAAACAGGAACCGGACCUUAAUGCCAAACACCACGCUGACCUACGACAUCCAGAGAAUAAACCUGUUCGACAGUUUUGAAGCUUCCAGAAGAGCAUGUGACCAGUUGGCGCUGGGAGUUGGAGCCGUGUUUGGACCCUCUCACAGCUCCUCCGUCAGUGCCGUCCAGUCCAUCUGUAACGCUCUGGAGGUCCCUCACAUCCAGACACACUGGAAACACCCCUCAGUGGACAACAAAGACAGCUUCUACAUUAACCUCCACCCGGAAUAUGCCUCCAUAAGCAGAGCCGUGCUGGACAUCGUGCAGUUCUAUAAGUGGAAAGCGGUCACCGUGGUCUACGAGGACGCCACGGGACUGAUCCGGUUGCAGGAGCUGAUUAAAGCUCCAUCCAGAUAUAGCAUUAAAAUCAAGAUCCGCCAGCUUCCAUCAGGAAGCAAAGACGCCCGUCCCCUCCUCAAAGAGAUGAAGAAAGGGAAGGAGUUCUUUGUCAUCUUCGACUGCACUUACCAAACAUCCACAGAUGUCCUGAAGCAGAUCCUGUCCAUGGGGAUGAUGACAGAAUAUUAUCACUACUUCUUCACCACAUUGGACUUGUUCGCCCUUGACCUGGAGCCGUACCGCUACAGUGGGGUCAACAUGACGGGGUUCAGGCUGCUCAACGUGGACAAUCCAAAAGUGGCUUUGGUGCUGGAGAGGUGGGCAAUGGAGCGGCUGCAGGCUUCCUCCAAAGUCGAAACAGGAAUGAUGGAGGGGAUGAUGACCACUGAAGCGGCGCUGAUGUAUGAUUCUGUUUACAUGGUGGCUGCGGCCUCACAGCGCACCUCCCAGAUCACCGUAAGCUCUCUUCAGUGCCACCGACACAAACCCUGGCGCUUUGGAUCACGUUUCAUGAACCUGCUCAAAGACACACAAUGGGAUGGCUUGACGGGACAAAUAAUCAUAAACAAGACAGACGGCCUGCGUAAAGAAUUUGAUUUAGACGUCAUCAGCCUAAAGGAGGACGGCUUGGAGAAGUCAAUGACUGGAAGCCGAUUGAAUAAAGUGUGGAAAAAGAUUGGUAUUUGGAACUCCCAGAUGGGCCUUAAUUUAACCGAAACCACCAAAGACUCUUCCACGAAUAUUACAGACUCAAUGGCCAACAGGACCCUUAUUGUCACAACGAUUCUGGAAAAUCCUUAUGUCAUGUAUAAAAAAUCUGAUAAACCCCUUUAUGGGAAUGACCGCUUUGAGGGUUACUGCCUGGAUUUGCUCAAAGAGCUGUCAAACAUUUUAGGGUUCUCCUAUGAGGUAAAACUGGUGUCAGAUGGAAAAUAUGGUGCUCAGAACGACAAGGGGGAGUGGAACGGCAUGGUGCGAGAACUCAUCGACCAUGUGGCUGAUCUUGCUGUGGCCCCUCUUACCAUCACCUAUGUGAGGGAAAAGGUGAUUGAUUUCUCCAAGCCCUUCAUGACACUAGGAAUCAGCAUCCUGUAUCACAAACCCAACGGCACCAAUCCGGGAGUGUUCUCCUUCCUUAAUCCACUCUCUCCUGAUAUCUGGAUGUACGUGUUGCUGGCCUGCCUCGGUGUCAGCUGUGUGCUGUUUGUCAUCGCCAGAUUCACUCCAUACGAAUGGUACAACCCACACCCCUGUAACCCAGACUCAGACGUAGUCGAAAACAACUUCACUUUAAUCAACAGUGUGUGGUUUGGAGUUGGAGCACUUAUGCAGCAAGGGUCUGAAUUAAUGCCUAAGGCUCUUUCAACAAGGAUAGUUGGAGGAAUUUGGUGGUUUUUCACACUAAUAAUAAUCUCCUCAUACACUGCCAAUUUGGCUGCCUUCCUCACUGUGGAGAGAAUGGACUCCCCGAUUGAUUCUGCAGAUGACUUGGCCAAGCAAACAAAAAUAGAGUAUGGUGCUGUGAGAGAUGGCUCCACCAUGACUUUUUUUAAGAAAUCUAAAAUCUCAACCUAUGAGAAAAUGUGGGCAUUUAUGAGCAGCAGAAAAAACACAGCCUUGGUGAAAAACAAUCGUGAAGGCAUCCAGAGGGUUCUCACCACAGAUUACGCUCUUUUGAUGGAGUCUACCAGCAUCGAGUACAUCAGUCAGCGCAACUGUAACCUCACACAGAUUGGAGGAUUGAUAGAUUCCAAGGGCUAUGGUGUGGGAACUCCAAUUGGUUCCCCUUACAGAGACAAAGUCACUAUUGCUAUCUUGCAACUCCAGGAAGAAGGGAAGCUGCACAUGAUGAAGGAGAAAUGGUGGAGAGGGAACGGUUGUCCAGAGGAGGACAGCAAAGAGGCCAGCGCUCUGGGUGUGGAGAACAUAGGAGGAAUCUUUAUUGUGCUGGCAGCCGGACUUGUCCUCUCAGUUUUUGUGGCAAUCGGAGAGUUUAUUUACAAAUCAAGAAAAAACUUGGACAUUGAGGAGGUGAGUGUUGGCCAGUGCGAAUGGCACAACAAGUAUUAACAAGUUAGGGGACUCAGUCAAAGACUUUACUACGUGUUUAUGUUGUCUUCGUCUUUACAGGACCACACUGAUCAGAGGGCCAGUAAAACUGAUUAAACUUAGAUCUAUUUAACUGCAUUGUUACAAUCAAAACUUUCAAAGGGGGUUUUGUGUGAGGGUAGUUUUAAAACACAUUAUUCUCGAUUGGGCAAAUGCGUUAGAAUGCUUCUUUUCUAAUGACAAAUGAUUGCAGUUAUGAUACUUGACCAUCUUGGCCUUGCUGUUUUUGCAAUAGCAUUUUAACAUUGUUGCAUGGGAGACGGCUCAUUGUUAUGCCAUUGUACUGUUGGCAGAAAAUGCAAGUGAUAUCAUUUUAGACAUGUUUGCCAUAUUAACUUUAAUAACUGCUGUAGGUUUCUAUAUAACAUUGCACAAAAUUUUGAUUCUUUUUUUUCCAAAUUGUUUUUGAAUGAAUGUUCCCUCAGGAUGUAAUUAUGAAGUGGGUUUGUGGGUUUAUUUCUUGUUCCCGUUUGAAGUUGAUGAAUGUGGUUGUAUGUUAUUGUUUUGUUAAAACCGUCACACAAUGACUACAAUUAUGUGAGUACAAUACAUCUUUUAACCUUUGA